UCAAAACAUUAAUACAGUUUUGCUUUAAUUUUUUAAGAGGUUAUCUUUGCUUAUUAUCAGGAAUUAUAGAGUUUCAAUGUUUUUUUGUACUGUAAAUUUAAGAUCAAGCUUCUAAUUUUCAAUGCAAAUUUUUAUCUAUUCUUAUAAUUCAAAUGCUGAUUAGUAAAUAUUCACACCGCACAUAAUAUUCAUCAAUUUCCACAAAAACUCCAAGAUUUAAUUGAUUAAAUAACUGAUCGACAAUGGCUUCGGGGCUGGAGAGCUAUGUCAAUCAUACUGUGUCAAUCAUAACAGCAGAUGGACGAAAUUUUAUUGGUACACUGAAAGGAUUCGAUCAGACGAUCAAUCUCAUUCUUGAUGAAUCUCACGAAAGAGUCUAUAGCUUGUCACAGGGGGUUGAGCAAGUAGUUUUAGGACUGCAUAUAAUUAGAGGAGAUAAUGUAGCAAUUGUGGGAGAAUUAGACGACGGAAUGGACUCACGUUUAGAUCUCGGAUCAAUCCGGGCCGAGCCCAUCACAUCAGUGGCCCAUUAAAAGUAAUAUUGUAGUAAUCAAAACAUCUAUUCUUUAAUAAUCUAAAUUAAGUUCUAAAGUAACUCGGUAAUUAUUUCUAAAUCGAUGUAAAUAACCAAAAACUAUGACCAUAUAAUGAAGAAAUAAAUGAAUGAACGGUUUUUCAUAA